UUUUCUAGCGUUACGUUUUUUUCCUUUCUUUCUUUAAACUUUUGAGUUUUGAAUCUUACAAUAUACAAGUAGAAAUCGUGGGAAAAAACCCCAAAAAAAAAAUAAUAACUAAGCUAGGCCCGAGUCUGUAGGUUGGGCCAAACAACGGGCUUUGAAGUGCUGUCCAAACUUUAGUGGGCUAUAUUAGCUCUAAAAGGAGGGAGUUUGCUUGCGUUCAGUUCAGGCAUUGAGUGAGAGAGAUGUCAUAAACUAAUGGUAGUCGGUCAACGCUUGCCGGCGAUUAGCUUAACAAUGAAUGUACAACUUUACGUACCCACUAAUACACACAGCUUGGGACCUUUCUAAGUUACCAUACUAACCCCCUCUCUACCACCUCCGUCCAAAGUCCUUACUUCUUAUAUAAAGCUCAUCACUUUUGGGAGCUUCUAAAAAUCAAAUAUAUAGAAAGCGCGACGUGCCCAAAUCAUUUCUGUGAUCCGAUCCGAUCCCAUCUCAUCUCAUCAAUCAAUGGCGUCCCAACACAGAUCUCCUCCUAAUGGCGAUUCCAACCAUACUCCCCAGCCUAUGAAGAUUGCAUUGGUCACCGGUAUCACUGGCCAGGAUGGAUCAUACCUCACCGAGUUCCUACUCGCCAAAGGCUACCAAGUUCAUGGCCUCAUCCGACGUUCCUCCAAUUUCAACACUCAGCGCAUCAACCAUAUCUACGUCGAUCCCCACAAUGCCAACAAAGCCCGCAUGAAGCUCCAUUACGCUGAUCUCUCGGAUGCUUCCUCUCUCCGCCGUUGGCUCGACGUCAUCAAGCCUGACGAGGUCUACAACCUUGCUGCUCAGUCCCACGUUGCCGUCUCCUUCGAGAUCCCUGACUACACUGCUGAUGUCGUCGCUACUGGAGCUCUCCGCCUCCUUGAGGCUGUCAGAUCUCACAACAUUGACAACGGCCGCUCGAUCAAGUACUACCAGGCCGGCUCUUCCGAGAUGUUCGGCUCUACUCCUCCUCCUCAGUCCGAGACCACUCCCUUUCAUCCCAGAUCUCCCUAUGCAGCCUCCAAAUGCGCCGCUCACUGGUACACAGUCAACUACAGAGAGGCCUAUGGUCUGUACGCCUGCAACGGAAUCCUCUUCAACCACGAGUCACCUCGCAGAGGUGAGAACUUCGUCACUCGGAAGAUCACCCGGGCCUUGGGAAGGAUCAAGGUUGGAUUGCAGACGAAGCUCUUCCUCGGGAAUAUACAGGCUUCAAGAGACUGGGGCUUCGCAGGAGACUACGUCGAGGCAAUGUGGCUGAUGCUGCAGCAGGAGAAACCAGAUGACUACGUCGUGGCAACUGAGGAAUCACACACCGUCGAGGAGUUUCUGGCGGUGUCUUUCGGGUACGUCGGGCUCAACUGGAAAGACCACGUCGAGAUUGACAAGAAGUACUUCCGGCCAACGGAGGUGGACAAUCUCAAAGGAGACGCAAGCAAGGCAAAGGAGAUGUUGGGGUGGAAGCCUAAAGUAGGGUUUGAGAAGCUGGUCAAGAUGAUGGUGGAUGAAGACCUUGAGCUGGCCAAGAGGGAGAAAGUGCUUGUCGACGCUGGCUACAUGGACGCUAAGCAGCAACCUUGAUCUACAACUACCCAAAGACGAGAGAGUCAUCAUUAUCUUGCUUUUUCUUUUUAUAUAUAUUGAAAUCUAUUUUUGUUUCAUUCGUUGUUCUUCUCUUUUGUUGUUUCAAGUUGUUCAGCUGCGAAUAGUCCAUUGUGGAUGUUGUACCCAAAAGGCAAACAGAAAAUAUUUAUUACAUAUGAAUUUUCCCUUUAUCACAA